CGGCGCUCGCGCUCCCUGCUUAAAUGAACCGGGGCACCCCGCGCCCGCCACUUUAGCACAGCCCGAGCCCGGCAACGAGCAGAGCGGCUCGUGAGUCCUCCUCGCGCGUCAGCGCCCCUCGGCUCCCGAGCGGUCGAUGGGACGCAGCGCCGCUGAGCGAGAGGCGGCGGCCGUCGGGGCACGCGUGCUGUGCGGGAUCCCCCCGCGGGGCUCGGCCAUGGAGGGCCGCCGGACCUGAGCCUGACCGCGCGGGGAGGCUGGGACUGGCCAUGGGGACGGAGCGAGGCAGUCGCUGCGCCGCACCCUGAGCGCCCUGAGCCCCGCCUCGGCCCCUCUGAAGCGCCGAGACGCUCGCGAACAUGGCCCUGGAGCAACUGUGCGCGGUCCUCAAAGUGUUGUUAAUAACGAUACUUGUAGUGGAAGGGAUCGCUGUGGCUCAAAAGACCCAAGAUGCUGUUUUUUCCCUAGAUGGACAAAAUAUUGGAAUCAAGCACAUGCCUGCAACUCAGUGUGGCAUUUGGGUUCGAACCAGCAAUGGAGGUCAUUUUGCUUCACCAAAUUAUCCUGAUUCAUAUCCACCAAACAAGGAAUGUAUCUACAUUUUGGAAGCUGCUCCACGUCAAAGAAUAGAGUUGACCUUCGAUGAACAUUAUUAUAUAGAACCAUCAUUUGAAUGUCGCUUUGAUCACUUGGAAGUUCGAGAUGGGCCAUUUGGUUUUUCUCCUCUUAUAGAUCGCUACUGUGGCAUGAAAAGCCCCCCAUUAAUUAGGUCAACAGGGAGAUUCAUGUGGAUUAAGUUUAGUUCUGAUGAAGAACUCGAAGGACUGGGAUUUCGUGCAAAAUAUUCAUUUAUUCCAGAUCCAGACUUUACUUACCUAGGAGGUAUUUUAAAUCCUAUCCCAGAUUGCCAGUUUGAGCUUUCAGGAGCUGAUGGAAUAGUGCGUUCUAGUCAGGUAGAACAAGAAGAGAAAACAAAACCAGGCCAAGCAGUUGAUUGCAUUUGGACAAUUAAAGCUACACCAAAAGCUAAGAUUUAUUUGAGAUUCCUAGAUUAUCAAAUGGAACACUCAAAUGAAUGCAAGAGAAACUUCGUGGCAGUCUAUGAUGGAAGCAGUGCUAUUGAAAAUCUGAAAGCCAAGUUUUGCAGCACUGUGGCCAAUGAUGUAAUGCUUAAAACAGGAGUUGGAGUGAUACGAAUGUGGGCAGAUGAAGGUAGUCGGCUUAGCAGGUUCAGAAUGCUCUUUACUUCCUUUGUGGAGCCUCCCUGCACAGGCAACACUUUCUUUUGCCAUAGCAACAUGUGCAUCAAUAACUCUCUAGUCUGUAAUGGUGUUCAAAACUGUGCAUACCCUUGGGAUGAAAAUCACUGUAAAGAAAAAAAGAAAGCCGGAAUAUUUGAACAAAUCACUAAAACUCAUGGAACAAUUAUUGGCAUUACAUCAGGGAUUGUCUUGGUUCUUCUCAUUAUUUCUAUUUUAGUACAAGUGAAACAGCCCCGGAAAAAGGUCAUGGCUUGCAAAACUGCCUUUAAUAAAACUGGGUUCCAAGAAGUGUUUGAUCCUCCUCAUUAUGAACUGUUUUCAUUAAGGGACAAAGAGAUUUCUGCAGAUCUGGCAGACUUGUCAGAAGAAUUGGACAACUACCAGAAGAUGAGGCGUUCAUCCACCGCCUCCCGGUGCAUCCAUGACCAUCACUGUGGGUCGCAGACAUCCAGUGUCAAACAAAGUAGGACCAACCUCAGUUCCAUGGAACUUCCUUUCCGAAAUGAUUUUGCACAACCACAGCCAAUGAAAACAUUCAAUAGCACCUUCAAGAAAAGUAGCUACACUUUCAAACAGGCACACGAGUGCCCUGAGCAGGCCCUAGAAGACAGAGUAAUGGAGGAGAUUCCCUGUGAAAUUUAUGUCAGAGGGCGAGAAGAUUCUGCACAAGCAUCUAUAUCCAUCGACUUUUAAUCUUCCACUAAGGUGACAUUAAUUAUUAAGUAUGUGUAUGCAGCCUACAGAAUGCCCAUUCUGUUUGCAGUAGCCAAUCCUUUUCUCCCAUCAAAACUAGAAAGACCUUCAUUUGCUGUUAACCUAUGGUAAUGGUGAUGUUUUUAUUUUCUCAGACAGUAAUAUAUGUUAAACCAACCAAGGAGCUUAAUAUAUUCAUGGAAAAACUCAUCCCCACCUGUUUGUUGGCAUCAUACAGGCAAAGCACCACAGUUAAUUAGCAGUCGAAGAGGAGGGUAGUGGUGAUGAUGAGCCAGGCUCAGGCUGCCUGUUAGUUUGAGCAUCAGGAAUGCUACUCCUGACUGAUAGAGCGCUGUUACUAUUUUAAUCCCACAGUAAAUUUAUAAAUAAGAUUUUUCUUAUAUUCCUUUUACUUUUCUUUAAAAGUAAUUUGUGGUAAAUGCCUGUGGUUUCACCAUUUUUUUGGUUUCUCACAUAAGAGGUUCUGUACUUCAGGAUAGGCAUUUGUUCCUCAGUUUCCAACAUACAGUUACUGCGAUUAGUGCCAGUUAAGACUCAGAUAGAUUUCAUUUGUUUCUUCUUAACUAAUUUCUAUAGUACUGCCUUUUAAUUACUGAGUAUUUAGUCCUUGCUUUCUGCAAGAAGUAGGCUAUAUGAUUUAUUACCUUUAAAUCAUACUUUUUUUUAGUUAUACUAGAAAAUUUAUAAUACUGGGAUGUAUGUACCAUUGCCAGUAUGACUAAAAGAAUUUGAGAAAGAUAAAAACUUCUAGCAAGCCUUCAAAAUUUCUUACAUGUGGUCACAGUCAGUGAUGUCCCUACACAACAGUCAUUUAAUCCACUUGUAGGGAAACCUGUAAUUAUGUUCAUUUGCAGCAUUUCUUAUCACCAGAUCGAUGUUUUCUAUUAUUUUUGUAAAAACAAUUACUUUGCUUCCUUUCUGUUCAUUUUUUGGCAUAUGGUAACCAAGAUUGUAGGAGAGUUAAAGGAAAAUUCUCUGAAAAACUGUGUGCACAUUUAAAUUGCUUCUUUCUUGGUACAGUACAUUUUUCUACCGAUUAUCAAAAGUAAUAUCAACUUUUUUUUAAACUGCACUUUUGACCUUAUGUUUUUUAUGGUAUAUAAAACAAUAAUUUAUAAACAUGCUAUAAAAAUGUGUUUUUUUAGACUUUUGAUAUCAUUUGAUACUGUACAAUCUUUAUUAAAUCUAAAUUAAAGAUCUACAUGCCAGAUUUCUUUCACUAUUCACAUUAGUAGCUUUGUAUGCAAAUAAGCUGUGAUGGAACUCUUCACUCUAAUUUAUUAUAAACAUGUUGGCAUAUGUACAUAAGCUUUUUCUUUCCCUUUGUAUUUAGUUUGUGAUAAUUUUUCAGUGUGAUAUUUAUUGCUCUAAAUCAUUACACAAAUAUUAAAAUAUGCAUUGCUACUUGA